GCUUGCAUCUGCUUGGGCCGGCUCCACGACGCUGCCGACGAUUCCGCUCCAAUGUCGGCCAGCCGCCUCAAUCGCCUCCGCUCAUUUGGCCUCAAUAUCCCCGGCGAUCCCGAUCCCGGCACCUUCAGCGAGGACCCCAGCGACGACAGCAUGUCGCCUUUCACCAGCCGACUCAGCAUCUCGUCGCUUCGUGACGAGAUUCGAGCAGGCCCCUCUCGCAGCCCGGCGUCAAGACAGAGGCUUGCCACCCAGCCGAAUAUGGCUUCGCCAAGCAUACCAACCCAGUUUGACUAUCUCAUCCAGUGUAUCAUCUGCUUUGAAGCGCUUGCCGACCCGGUGAUGUGUCCAUCGUGCGGAAAGGCCGGAUGUGAAAGCUGCAUGCAGAAAUGGCUCCAGCGGGGCCGCUCGCAGUGUCCGCACUGUCGCAAGGCCCUGACGGCCAGCAGCCUCAUCCCGUGUCGAUUCAUCAGAGACUUUGUGCAGGAGCUGCAAGUGUAUGUCGCCAAGAGCCAGGAGCAGAGUGCGGGCACCUGCAGAAUCCAUUCCCAGCCCUUCCAAUACUACUGCAUCGACUGUCUCGACACACUUUGCGCCGACUGCGCCAUCUUUGGAUCAGGCCAUAAGGGCCACCGAUUCGAAAAGCUCGAGACUGUCUUUCAGUCGCAGAAGCAGCUCAUCGACAACAAGCGGCAUGAGCUCGAGGCCCGACUUGACGGCUUCAGUGAGCUUUUGUCAUCAGCUGAUGAGAAGGUCGCAUCAGUCCAUGCCGUAAAGCGCGAGAUCCUGGGCCAGUACCAGACAGUGCUGAACGACGCAAUAAUGAGACUCGAACGGGCCGCGGCUCAGCAAAUUGAGAUGAUUUCAGACUACAAGAGAGACGUCCUCUCCGAGUCUGAACUGAUCAAGACAACGCUGGAGAAGGUGCGGGAGCAUGUCGAGCAAACCACCCAGGCCGAGGUGAUCAUCAACUCGGCCAAAAUCAUCGAGUUGAUGGACAAGCAACACCGAAUUCGCCCUGCCGAGUUUCGACCGCUGCAUGUGGAAUCGCUCCAAAACGAGUUUGUCCCGGACUACAUUGGAUCCACGUUCCGCAUCCACAACUUCAGUACGGCCCGCGCGUCGUCUGAUCCACUCUACUCGCCGCCCUUCUUGGCAGCCGGUCUGCUCUGGCGCCUCAAGGUCUAUUGCGGUGGAAACGGCCAGUCAAGCGGCAACUUCAUGUCGGUGUUCAUUGAGCUCGUCAAGGGUACUAGCAAAACGGCGACCUAUCAAUAUCGUAUUGAACUGAUCAAGCUUGUGCCCACCAUCACCGGCCAUAACUUUACUCGCGAGUUCAGCUCUCAGUUCGAUGUGGGCGAGUGUUGGGGCUACAACCGCUUUUACCGACUCGAGACGCUUGAGCAGCGCGGCUAUAGAGAUCCUGUCGAGGAUUGUAUCGAAUUCAAGUACUAUAUCCGCGCACCGACAUACCAGCAACAGUCUCACGACCUUCUCAGGUUCUGUGUCGGGCUCGAACAGGAGAGAUAUCCUCCACCACCGCAACAUGCGCAGACAUCCGUGCCUGUCCUAAAUACCUCCCCUGAAGCGCAUCCCGUUGUCAACGGCGAUGUAUCUGGGCUUUUCCCGAUCAAUCACCAAGCACAAACAGUCGGCCCACACCCACAGCAGGGCUCUGAGGCAGUGGAGACAAACUUGCCGUCCGCAGUGACCGUCGCCUCUGGAGCCGUGACCAAUGAGCCAGUCCAACGCCGAGCAAACCUACAAGACCCUCAAGGAGCGUGAGAGCAUCCUACUCGCUGCUCGAGAGCCUGCGGGGUUGCAGUGGCGCUGCCAAGUCCCUCUCACCAAGGUCAUUCCUCCGGUUGAAAGCCCGCUGAGGACACACGAGCCUCAAGAGCAGAGCUCCACAUGCAUCGAAGCAAUGAUCGCUGAGCUCGUGGAUACUACAAGCGACGAAGAGCAGCCC